AGCACUCCAUUUCCACCUACCCCUCUCCAUAUUAAACCCCCUCUCCCUCCCAUUGCUCUCCUCUGUCUUCUAAUUUGCCGUCACCAUCCUCUUUAGUCUUCUUCCCUUCUCUUCUUCCUCCAAAUUCUUUAGCGUUCUUCUCUUCUCUCUUCUCCUUUUCUUCCUCCCAAACUCUCUACAUACGGCCAUGGAGAACCGCCAGGCCGACCGGUGCCUGGUUGUGAGCUUCGGCGAGAUGCUCAUCGACUUCGUGCCGACGGUCGCCGGCGUGUCGCUGGCCGAGGCCCCCGGGUUCCUGAAGGCCCCCGGCGGCGCUCCGGCCAACGUCGCCGUCGCCGUCACCCGGCUCGGCGGCCGCUCCGCAUUCGUCGGAAAGCUCGGCGACGACGUGUUCGGCCGCAUGCUGGCGGCGAUCCUCCGCGACAACGGCGUCGUCGACGCCGGCAUCACGUUCGACUCCGGCGCACGCACCGCGCUCGCCUUCGUCACCCUCCGCAAAGACGGCGAGCGCGAGUUCAUGUUCUACCGCAACCCGAGCGCCGACAUGCUUCUCACCGAGUCCGAGCUCAAUCUUGAUCUCAUCAGAAGCGCUGCAGUUUUCCACUUUGGAUCGAUAAGCUUGAUUGCGGAGCCCUGCAGAUCCGCGCAUUUGAGAGCAAUGGAGGUGGCGAAGGAAGCUGGUGCACUACUCUCCUACGACGUGAAUCUCCGAUUGCUGCUAUGGCCGUCGCCGGCGGAGGCCCGAGAGCAGAUCAUGAGCAUAUGGGACCAGGCCGACAUCAUCAAGGUCAGCGAUGUCGAGCUGGAAUUCCUUACCGACGAGGCGUCGGUCGAAGAUGAGGUAGCCAUGAAGCUCUGGCAGCCAAAUCUGAAGCUUCUCUUGGUCACCAUUGGCAAGAAGGGAUGCAAAUACUACACAAAGGAUUUCCAUGGAGCAGUCGAAUCCUUCGCCGUCCAGCAAGUGGACACAACAGGGGCAGGUGAUGCAUUCAUUGGUUCCCUGCUCCGAAAGAUCGUCGAGGACAAAUCAGCUUUGCAAGUGAGCAAUAUGGCAACCAUCAUAAUUUUGUAUCAAGAUGAGAAUAAAUUGAGGGAAAUACUGAGAUUUGCGAAUGCAUGUGGGGCAAUCACUGCUACCAAGAAAGGAGCAAUUCCUUCUUUCCCAAAUGAAUCAGAAGUCAUGCAAUUGCUGGAAAGAGUGUGAGGGAUACCAAGGUUGCUACUGGUUCCUUAUGUCCCCUUUUAUACAAAUGUGCUGGAAUUUGAUUUGCAAAUGCGUGCGAGCAAGAAUACAGUGCCGGAGUCUCUUUCUGCUUUGUUAUUUUCAGAUUUUAUUAGCCAUAUCCACAUCCGUAAAGUAUGAGCCGCCAUUGUACCAAAAAAAAAGAAAUGCGUCAUCUUAUGUGGCCCUUCUUCCCUUCUCGUCACUAGGCACUGUAAAUUUUUUUUCCCUUUUUUCUGAAGUGCAAGCCACUGUAAUUUGAUUUGCACUUGUGAGAAAUUAUGCUUGAGUGCGUGGCUCUAUUAACCUUC